ACAAAAACUGUCUAAAGGUCACAUGACCUGGGUGUGCUAAAGUGAGACGUACGUACACCUGUUUAUUUUGAAACGAAAAAACGAAUUUGUUGAAGCAGAGUUAAGUUAAGUGUUUGUUUUUUUUAAAUAAUUGUGAAUUUAGUUUUCUCUUGGGAUUUAUUAGUUAGUUUUCAGGCGGUUUACAGCGGAUUAACCUGACCAGACGUUGAUCAGACCUGUCGAUCAAAACUAGGAAGUGAGAGAGACUCAUCGGUGUAGUCGCGCGGCCGUCUCUACCAAUGGCUACAUGACUUAUAUAGAUCUUUCUUUACGAGUGAUAUUUGCUGUAUAUUUAUAUGUUAUGUAUUAGAGCGGUGUUAAGAAUUAAUUGCUAUUUUUGAUCAAGUCAUUUGAGUUAUACUGCAUUUGACCGCCGGAGGACCGAACUCACAGGUGUUGACACAGUAUCACGAUGAAUGACUCAACGGAGGCUAUCGGCUCUCUUCCGGUGGAUUUUAAUAAAAACUUGAACGAUUCAGUCUCUCGGUUGUCAUACUCAAUGCUGGCGACUAACUUAACCGACAUGUCUAACCUGACGGUCAUCAGAACAGGUAACAGGACUGAAGUCGUGCCGGACGACCAGAUGUUCCUCAACACCCCCACCGCUCAAGCUUUAUCGGGAAUCUUCGUAUGGUCGGCACUGAUCAUCACAUGUCAUCAGAUCUACUCACACCUAAGGUCUUACACGGUACCCAACGAGCAGCGCUACAUCAUCCGCAUACUCUUCAUCGUCCCCAUCUACGCCUUUGAUUCCUGGCUCAGUCUCCUGUUCAUCAGUAAUGACCAGUAUUACGUCUACUUCGACUCUGUUCGGGACUGCUAUGAAGCAUUUGUGAUCUACAACUUCCUCAGUCUGUCCUUUGAGUACCUCGGUGGAGAGAGCGCCAUUAUGUCGGAAAUAAGAGGGAAGCCCAUUCAGUCCAGUUGUCUAUAUGGCACUUGCUGCCUGGGAGGAAUGAGUUACUCUAUUGGGUUCCUAAGGUUUUGCAAGCAGGCCACCCUUCAGUUUUGUGUGGUGAAACCCAUGAUGGCUGUCAUCACCAUCCUCCUCCAGGCCUUCGGCAAAUAUCACGAUGGAGAUUUUAAUGUAAACGGAGGUUACCUCUACAUCACCAUCAUCUACAACUUCUCUGUCAGUUUGGCUCUUUACGCCCUUUUCCUUUUCUACUUUGCAACGAGUGACCUCUUGAGACCGUAUGAACCUGUGCUUAAGUUCCUCACCAUCAAAUCCGUCAUCUUCCUCUCAUUCUGGCAAGGUAUGGUAUUGGCUAUUCUCGAGCGAUGUGGAGUGAUCCCAGAAGCUCUGGUCAUAGAUGGACACGAGGUGGCUGCUGGUACAGUGGCGGCCGGCUGGCAGAACUUCAUCAUCUGCAUUGAAAUGUUCUUUGCCGCCAUCGCCCUCCGCUACGCUUUUACCUCCAAUGUGUACCAGGAGAAGAAGAGUCAAGCACCAGAAAAUGUAGCACCCAUGCACAGCAUCUCCAGUGGCCUGAAGGAAACCAUGAACCCUGGAGACAUGGUUCAAGAUGCAAUCCACAACUUCUCACCGGCCUACCAACAGUACACCCAGCAGUCCACACAGGAGGUAGUGCAGCCAAACACAAAUGGCAAGGCGGGAGUCAGCACCACCAAAACGUCAAAAAAGAAAUCUGACAAAGUGAUGCUGAUCGACACAGAUGAUGAGUUCUAGUUCGCAUUAUUUAAUCCAAACCAUUGAUUGUAACUUUAACAAAGACACUAAUAUUGUUUAUCUGAUGAUUCUUAUAAAAAGCUCAUACGCUUUCCUGAUGGGUUAAUGUUCGUCUGUAUGAUCCGGAUAUAGCUUCCCCUCUCAUUCCAAACUAAUCUUAUGAUGCACGUCUGAUAAGCACAAAGCAUCAGGAGUCGCUCAGACGGCAUAACGAUUUUGAAAGCUGCUGUCUGUUUGAAGUAUUUGCUCAGCAGCCCUUUGCUGGGUCUCACACCGAAUCAAACUGAAUUUCACUGGCUUUGGAACUCACACUUCAAACUGUUGUCGGGAGCUCGGGAAUCCUUUGUAGGAGUCGUGUCACGCGGACAAAGUGGGGACCUGACCGACUUCGAACUGAUUGAUUUGGAGAUUCGUUAAUUUUCACACCAGGCCUUUAAAGUGUGUUGGAUCUGAAGUAACCAAUGCGAGACUCGCAUGUAUUUAAAUUGCAAAUCAUUCGUAUUGAGCCAUUGUUCAGUUGGUUUAACUUAUAGGUUAUUAAUUGUACAGGUUUACCGGGGAAUAUUUAAAUGUUAAAUUUUGUUACAAUUAAAGGGUAAUUUACAGAUAAUCACAUCACAUGCAAUAUGUUUGUGGUACAAUGGUCUUUUCACCAAGUUUAAAGGUGCAGUGUGGGCUUUCUAGUGGUGAGAUGCGAAUUGCAACCAACCUCAAUUUCGAAACGCAUAGAGAAGCUACAAUAGUUGCCACAAAACAAACAUGCCUUCUGAGACAAAGCAGGGCAGAAAUUCGCUCUGUAAAACAGUUUAUCAUUUAGUGCUACUGUAAAAACAUUACAUUAAAGGAGUAGUCCACUUUAAAGAUGGGGUCUAUUGACUUUUCAUAGUAGGAAAAAAAAAUACUAUGGUAAGUCAAUGGGCCCCAUCUUUAAAGUGGACUACUCCUUUAACUUCUAUGUAAUGAAACUGCAGUGUAUGCAGAUAAAAAUGGCUAAUUUAAAGUUAAUUGAAAACAAUACAGUUCAUUAUGUGCAGUCAUUACACACCACUAAUAAUAUAUUUAUGUAUUUAUAUUGAAUAUUUGUCAAGAGAUCCUUCUAAAAGUCCCACACUGCACCUUUAAUGAUUGUCAAAAUGAUGUAUUUAGUCAAGUAUCAUUGAAAUGGUUAUGUAUUUACUUCUUUUUACAAAGCGUACGUACUGUUCAGUGCUUUCAAAUAAUGUCUUUGAAACCUUCUGAAAUUAAAAAUAAGCCGACCUCUGGAUUAUGGGUAUGUAUGGAUACAGAAUUGUUUAUAUUCUUUCGAUGUCUGUAAAGAUUUGGACUUAUGUAAUGCAGCAACCCACCCUAUCAGACUAAUGAAGGAGCCAUGUAUAACCUCUUCUUUGUUUAGAGGUGACAUUAUGUGACUGCUCAGGCUAACAAGUAUGAGUUGUGCCAAUGACUGCUGCCUUACAAGUGUGGAAGAAGGAUUGUAAUAAAGUCUAGUACUGUA